AUGUACCCUAGUCGCCAGAAGUCUAAGGGGACGUACAACACUAUGCCAAAUGGUGCUGGUUACUCGGAGUCCUCAGAGCUCCAAUGUAUUGGAGUUCUAUACGAUGUCCCCACCACCGCUCCAUCCAACUCUCACAUAUCCGCCCUUCAGCAGAUGAACUCUAUGAGCUCACAGCUAGACCGUCGGUCCUUCCUAGCCCCGGGGCAUUAUCCCACCAGGAGAAGGGAAUCGAUAGACACUGAUACAAUUGGCUCUCAAUACGCGUGGUCCACUGCAUCUAGCCCAGGCAUACUCUCGGACUCUCCUCAUAUGCCCACCUGUGAGACCUCCGUCUGCCCCACCACAACACCCUUCAUCCAAGGCUACUAUCUGCAGGAAUCUCUACAGCUUGCUAUGGGCAGUCAGGGCAUGUCGGGCUAUACUCCUCAGCAAAUUGACCAAUGGUGCAUUGAGAGCGAACCAGCUGAAGACUUCUACCAGGCACAGCCCUUCCCAAGCAUGGGCUCUAUGCGCUUUGAACCGUCAGCGGGAGUACAAUCAGAGACCUACCCGACAUUCAACAACCAAGUCAACACUGCGAACGAGCAGUGGCUCCCUUGCCCAUCCCAUUCCUCUGAUCCGAUUCCAGAAGCCUUCUUCUCAGUUCCCCGAUCCGUGUCGGUUCCCCAAUCAGUCCCAGCUCCAACAACCCAUCUCUACCAAUCCACCACUACGGCCACCUCAAUCUCGUCGUCACCACCACACUUCCUCUCCGACCCAGACUCCCCGCCAGCCGCACCAGGCUCAGCCUCCGGCUCAGGGUCUGGCUCCAACUCAGGUGACCUAAGCAACUACGGCAUCCCAACGGGCGACGGCACCUGGCGCUGUGCCCACCCAGGAUGUUCCUCACAGGCUGUAUUCCAUCGAGGCUGUGAUCUGAGGAAGCACUUCAACCGACACCGCAAGUACCUCUUCUGUCGCUAUGAGGGAUGUCCUCAGUCUGCGAAGAAUGGUUUUAGCAGCAAGAAGGACCGUGCUCGUCAUGAGGCGAAGCAUAAUCCUGGUGUGCUUUGUGAGUGGGAGGGCUGCGGGAAGGUCUUCAGUCGUGUCGACAAUAUGAAGGAUCAUGUGAGGAGGAUUCAUCGGAAGGGGGAGAAUGGAAGGGCUUAG